CUUUCUCCCCACGCUUCUCUCUCUCUCUCUUUGGAAGUGCCAAUCAAAGGAUGAAAAAAGAUAUUUUCUUUCUAACAAAAAGAUAUUGUUUUCUUUCUCCCCCCGCAGAUCCAUCAGCUUCUUACUUUGACUUUUUUUGUCAGAAAGUGCUAUUUCCGGGAAAACACCAUCUCUCCGUCCGUCGUCUCCUCAGGAGAUGGACGGGAGGACUUUCUAUAAAAGUUUUUAACCCUAUACUAUUAUAAGUAGCGCAUCGUUUUUGCUGCUUUCUUCACUUCACUCCGGUAGGAAAGGAAAUAGUUUGUCUUCUUGGGAGUGGGACUUGCAACUUAGGGAGGGAGAAGGGCUUUCUGUUUCCAGUUUCCCAUUCCAUCAGGCAUCAAUCGGAGUCGGAGAUGGAAGAUUUCGUCAAGGCCUUCUUCAUCAGCAACCCGAGAUUUUGGAUUCUACUUCUGCUUCUGUUGGUCGUGUUGUUCGGGUGCGUAAAAGUUGUCUACUCCGUCUGGUGGAGACCCAAAUGGCUGGAGAACCAAUUGAAGCAGCAAGGAAUCGAAGGCGCGCCUUACAAGCUCCUGCACGGUUACAUGAAAGACUAUGUGAGGUUGUUGACCGAAGCUUGCUCCAAACCCAUGAAUUUGAACCACCAGAUUGCGCCACGUGUUUUACCAUUCAUCUAUCAGACCGUCCAACAGUACGGCAAGAUAUGUUACACUUGGUUAGGAACAGCGCCUAGGUUGAUCAUAUCUGAUCCUGAGCUGUUCAGACUAGUAUUUACUGACAAAUCCUAUCAGUUUCAAAAGCCACCACUGAACCCUCUUGUUGAUCUUCUGCAACUGGGACUCUCAACCCUGGAGGGAGACAAAUGGGCUGGUCGCCGAAAAAUGAUAUCUCCCGCCUUCCACCAAAAUAAACUCAAGGGGAUGGUGCCGGCAUUCACUGUUAGUUGCAAUAACUUGAUCGAGAGAUGGAAGAAACUUGUUAGUCCUCAAGGGUCUUGUGAAUUAGAUGUCUGGCCUGACCUCUCCAAUUUUAGCUCAGAUGCCAUUUCUCGGGCAGCCUUUGGAAGCAGUUAUGAAGAAGGCAAAAGGAUUUUUGAACUUCAGAAGGAACAAGCUUUACUAGUCCUUGAAGCUUAUCAAAGUUUAUAUUUCCCUGGUUUAAGAUUCAUUCCCACAAAGAAGAACAGGAGGAGGUAUAGUUUGGACAAUGAGAUCAAAAGAAUGCUGAGAGAUAUGAUCCACCAGAAGAGGCACGCAAUGAUCACUGGGGAAUCCAGCAGUGACAACUUACUAGGCUUGAUGCUGCAAUGCAGUGACCUGAUUGAUACACAAGUAAAUGUAAAAAAUUUGAGCAAUGAUCAGAUGACAAUCGAAGAUCUUAUAGAAGAAUGUAAGUUGUUCUACUUUGCUGGCCAAGAAACAACAGCUGUCUGGUUGGCCUGGACCAUGAUUGUCUUAGCUAUGCAUCAAGACUGGCAAGAGAAGGCAAGAGAAGAAGUUCUGCAGAUCUGUGGAAAAAGAACACCUGAUAUGGAUGCUAUAUCCCACCUUAGGCUUGUAACAAUGAUACUAAAUGAAGUCCAAAGAUUAUAUCCACCUGUGGUUAAUCUAUUCCGGUAUACUCACAAGAAAACCAAGCUAAGAGACAUAUCCCUCCCUGCCGGGAUUGAGCUUUAUUUUCCAACAUACCUUAUGCAUCAUGAUCCUGACAUUUGGGGUGAAGAUGCACAAGAAUUCAGACCAGAGAGAUUCUCGGAAGGAUUUUCAAAGGCAUCAAAGGAUCAAGUUGCAUUCUAUCCUUUUGGAUGGGGUCCAAGAUUCUGUUUAGGCCAAGGUUUUGCCGCAAUAGAAGCUAAGAUGGCUCUGGCUAUGAUUCUACAACAUUUUUCAUUCAAGCUUUCACCUACAUAUGCACAUGCUCCUUACACCGUUAUAACUCUUCAACCACAACAUGGAGCUCAACUCAUACUACACCAACUGUAGAGUAAUACACCCUGCCAUCAUAGAGGAGUAUUUUUCGUUGUUGCUUUUUAAUGUAAUAGUUGGAAAAAUGUUUGUUAGGCUGAAUUGAGGUAUUGAAUUAUUAGUGUAGCAUUCCCGGUAAUGCUUUGUGUUUUUGUUUGUUUGUUGUAAUAUUUGGAAUAAGGCUUCAUUAUCCGAGUUAAGAUAUUUCAAUCUGGUUGUAACUUUUUCCAUUAAUGAUUUAGGAGAAGCAUUCAGUAGCCCCUGUGCUACUACUAGA